AUGGAUGCAAACUGGACCAGCUUUAUAUUCCAGACCCCUCCGCCACCCCCUGCCGAACCGCUGCAAGUCGAACUUUUGCCGGUGUUGGCUACUGUAACUGCGCCGCCAGAUGGAUCCCUCACCCCCCAGACGAUGGUGCACAGCAUGGCACCCCAGCACCCUUCUACAGUGGACACGGCAGCCCUCAAGCAGGUGGUGCCAGGUCUGUCUAUUCCCCAGCAAAUGAUACAAACUUCCAUCUCAUCACAACCCUCUCCUGUCACUACCACCACCGCCCUUCCCCUGCACCCUGUCAUGGAGCUGCCCAAGAAGUCCAAGAGUCGAGGUCCCUACAUCUGCUCCUUGUGUUCGAAAGAGUUCAAAAAUGGCUACAACCUUAGAAGGCAUGAAGCGAUCCACACGGGCACCAAACCCGCCCGGGCACAGCCGGCAGCCGUUAAAAUGCCCACGAUGGUGCCGCUAAGUCUGCUCAGUGUUGCCGGCGCGCUCGGAGGUGGUGCAGAAACUCUGGAGGUGCCCAACUCUCCUUCCACUCUCUCCCUUCCAGUGCCUGGGCCCGCUCCCACGGCCAAAAAGGUGCGCAAGAACCACGCCUGCGAGAUGUGCGGCAAAGCCUUCAGAGAUGUCUACCACCUGAACCGCCACAAGUUGUCGCACUCUGACGAGAAGCCCUAUUCCUGCCACGUGUGUCAGCAACGCUUUAAGCGCAAGGACCGGAUGACUUAUCACGUGCGUUCCCAUGACGGCACGGUGCACAAGCCCUACAUCUGCAGCCACUGUGGAAAAGGAUUCUCGCGUCCUGAUCAUCUGAACAGUCACGUCAGACAAGUUCAUUCCACAGAGCGUCCCUUUAAAUGCCAGACCUGCGAAGCUGCCUUCGCUACGAAGGACCGUCUGAGAGCGCACAUGGUGAGACACGAAGAGAAGGUCCCCUGUCAUGUCUGUGGGAAGCUCCUUAGCGCUGCUUACAUCACGGACCACAUGAAGGUUCACAACCAGGGUCCAAACCACGUGUGCGAGCUGUGCAACAAAGGGACCUGCCAAGUCUGCCCUCUGUCGGACCCAACGGCGGCCGCCGUGACCGCUGUCCUGCCCAACGCUACUGUCCCUGGCAUAAUGCCGUCGCAGCCCUGGUGA